AUGCUACGGCACUCUCGCGUGCCGCUCCUUCGCGUGCCGCUGCUGAGAGCUGCUGCGCCACGGCAGCUCUGCGCGUGGAAUCGAGAGAAGCCCCACAUCAACAUCGGUACCAUCGGCCACGUCGACCACGGGAAGACGACUCUCACCGCCGCCAUCACCAAGGCGCGACCACCUUUCGGCCUCGAGGUUAUGCAGACAGUUGAAGCUAUGGGUGAUCAGAGCGCCUCAUGCAUGGACGGCGCCAUCCUGGUCGUGUCUGCGCCGGACGGGCCGAUGCCGCAGACGCGCGAGCACGUGCUGCUCGCGAAGCAGGUGGGGCUGCCGCGCAUGGUCGUCUUUAUGAACAAGUGCGACAUGGCUGACGACGAGGAGCUGCUCGAGCUGGUGGAGAUGGAGGUGCGCGAGCUCCUCCAGCUGCACGACUUCCCCGCGGACGACACGCCCUUCGUGCGCGGCUCCGCCCUGUGCGCGCUCGAGGUGGACGACUUCAUCCCGACGCCUCAGCGCGAGACCGACAAGGCGUUCCUCAUGCCGAUCGAGGACACCUUCUCCAUCGCAGGCCGAGGGACGGUCGUGACCGGCCGCGUCGAGUCGGGCAAGAUCAAGACGGGAGAGGAGGCGCGGCCGAACCCGAGCGAGAGAGCGCCGCGACGAGAUUGCGACGAGAUUGCCGCGAGACGAGUGGAGAUCGUCGGGCUGCGCAAGACCAUCAGCACCACUGUCACGGGGGUCGAGAUGUUCCACAAGAACCUCGACUACGGCGAGGCGGGCGAGAACGUCGGCUGCCUGCUUCGGGGCCUGAAGCGGGACGACGUGCAGCGCGGCCAGGUCCUCUGCAAGCCGGGGACGGUCAAGCCGGUGACCAAGUUCAAGGCGUCUGUGUAUGCGCUCACCAAGGAGGAGGGCGGCAGGCACACGCCCUUCUUCACAAACUACCGGCCGCAGUUCUUCUUCCGCACCGCCGACUCGGCACCGAUAUCGAUAGCUGCAUGUGAUUAUAAUGGUGCCGGCAAGCUCCAAGCUCCGCCGAAGCGCAUAUUUUCCUUUUUAGACAGCUUGUAUCUUUACCGCAAACUGAGCAUCUCUGAAACUCUUUUUCCAAAUAAACUAUAA